GGCUCCUCGCCCAUUGGCGGUCGCGCUGUCCUCGGCAGCUCCGGCUGGAGGCGGCUACACUGUGGCGGAAUGGCGGCCGUCAUUCACAACCCCCUCAAAUCCAUCACAAGCUAGAGGACAACAUUUACCAUUCUCGCCCAUAAGAAUCCAGCUGCACUAGAGUAUCCAUCAGGAAGAGUAGCAUGUGAAGCAUCACUAAAGGCUGGGAGAGCAGUUCUACAGGGAAGCCAUCGAACAUUGCCGUAACUACAAUGCCCGCCUGUGUGCCGAGCGCAGUGUGCGGCUGCCGUUCCUGGACUCGCAAACCGGAGUCGCUCAAAACAACUGCUACAUCUGGAUGGAGAAGAGACACCGUGGCCCGGGCUUGGCCCCUGGUCAACUGUACACUUACCCCGCCCGCUGCUGGCAUAAGAAGAGGCGUCUGCACCCCCCGGAAGACCCCAGGUUGAGACUUUGUGAAAUAAAACUCGAAGGAGAGAUCACUUUGAAACGAGACGGCGUGUCGGCUGAAGGGACCACUUUGGAAGCCCUACUGCGCGGGGAAGCGCUGGAGAAAAGAAAUGAUCCUAAAGAAGAUGAAACACUUAAUGAAAUUCAGAGAGUUCUAAACAACGAGGAGAACGUGGAAGACUUGGAGGAGGAAGAACUUGAAGAUGAAGUGCCAAAGCGCAAGAACAAGCCGCGGGGAAGGACACGGGGUGUAGGAGGGAAAAGAAAAACAGACGCCUCUUCCCAGGAAGACCAGGACAAGCCAUAUGUGUGCGACAAUAGUUUCAAACAAAAGCAUAACUCAAAAACAUCUGACAAAGUCUGUGGCAAGCGCUACAAGAACCGGCCUGGCCUCAGCUAUCACUAUGCUCACACCCAUUUAGCCGAUGAGGAAGGAGACGAUGACCAAGAUUCGGAGCCUUGUUCGCCCCCCGUCCUGAAGAACGAGGGGCAUAAAAGAAGCGGCGUGUCAUUGCGAAGUAGGAGCAGGGGCAAGAAUAGAACGUUGGAGGACUCCAGAGCUCGGAAGGGCCCAGACGGGGCGAUCAUCUCCAACAACUACUGUGACUUCUGCCUGGGUGGGUCGAACAUGAACAAGAAGACGGGCAGGGCGGAGGAGCUGGUUUCCUGCUCUGACUGUGGCCGUUCUGGUCACCCCUCCUGUUUGCAGUUCACAGUCAAUAUGACUGCAGCUGUGAAAACCUAUCACUGGCAAUGUAUUGAGUGCAAAUCCUGCAGCCUGUGCGGGACUUCCGAGAAUGACGACCAGUUGUUGUUUUGUGAUGAUUGUGAUCGUGGUUAUCAUAUGUACUGUUUAAAGCCACCGAUGGUUCAGCCUCCUGAAGGAAGCUGGAGCUGUCACUUGUGCCUGGAGCAGCUGAAGGAGAAGGCUUCUGCCUGGCAAAGCAAGCCCUAGUUCAGUCUCGUCAACUUUUUUAUAUUUUUUUAAGAUCAGUUUGAUUUGAAUGCAUGCGGUCAGGAUUUGCACUUUCAGGCGAAAAUGCAGACUUUUUUUCACAAAAUGUGUAACGAAGCAAAGUGUUACUGCAUUUAGCUUGUGGCUCAAUAUUGCAGGCAUAUUGAUCAAUGUGAUCACCCUGUGUGUGAGUGUUGCAGCCAGUGAUUAGCAGUCUCACCCCUCUGCUAAAUGUGGCUGUGGUAACAGUUCAACGUGUUUUAUCAUUCAGAUCCCAGGUUCCUGACUCAUUCUCUUGACAAAAUCACACAUGGUUGCAAACGUUAAUAAGUGAAUUAAGUACUUAAAUAUUCAGAGUUUUCAUAUAUUCUGAGGUUGUGGACUUACAGGAGGAUUGGAAAAGCAUAUUACAUGCAAAUGUUAACGUUUCAAACUAGAAUGCCCUAUUAAAACAAAAUCGUAACAGAUCUCUCAUGGGACCUUUCCACAUGGAACCUUAUCCCGAUUGCACUCUGAGCUCUGGUGAGUCUCAGGCAAAGAUCUUAGACGGCUCCAAGAUCCUUGGUCUCAGGUGUCAAUGACCCCGGGGAGUGCAACCAAACAGCCAAUUAUCAAUGCUGGUUUAAAAUUAAACACUGCAAAAAAAAAAAAUAACAGCCAGAGCUAAUUUAAACUCUAAAGGCUCACAUUUCAACAGUAUUAGUGCUUUUUACAAAUAGCCAUUAUGAACGUAGGGCCAUUGGCGAGGUUUUUUCAUUGGCUUGUUUCCUGUUUACGUUUCUAUCUAAGUAUUGUGUGCAGAGAAUAAUUGCUUCAGAGACUCUCAUCAAUGCAGAACGCAGGAUCUACUCAGUCCUGUCAUUUUGCUGCUGCAUUCCUACGUAAUUUCACACAAGUUCCAAAAUAAGAUGCCAGAAUAUACUGGGAUGAGGUGAAAGAAUAUUCCAUUAUAUUAGACUUUAGUGGAAAAAAUCAAUGCCAUUGUGGUUAUUGUGUGAUGUUAAUAACUAAGCAUAUUAGCAUGCCAGUAUCAGUAUUUAAUAGAGCUCACCAGACUUAAUACCACUGUAGAGAUUGUCUGUGCUUAAAUCUGUUUAUAGUUCAGAUCUUCAAGGUAGUCUUUUAACGUAUUUUCUUGUAGCUGAGAAUUAUUGUGAUAUGCUUAAGGCUACAGUGUCAGAGAGUUGGAGCGACGUGUUACGCCAAACGCUACCAACCUUUCUUAGUAACCGACCAACGGCAGUAUUUUGAGUAACAAGGGGUGUGAGGGGGUUGUUACCUGACAAUAUUUAUCCUUUUAGCCAACAUAAUGGAAGCACAUGAUCUGUUUUGUGCCAUCUUCAUUAAUAUAGACAAAUAGACAAUAGACAAUAGGUGCAGGAGGAGGCCAUUCGGCCCUUCAAGCCAGCACCGCCAUUCAAUGUGAUCAUGGCUGAUUAUCCCACAAUCAGUACCCGGUUCCUGCCUUCUCCCCAUAUCCCCUGACUCCGCUAUUUUUAAGAGCCCUAUCUAGCUCUCUCGUGAAAGCAUCCAGAGAACCUGCCUCCACCACCCUCCGAGGCAGAGAAUUCCACAGACUCACAACUCUCUGGGAGAAAACGUGUUUCCUUAUCUCCGUUCUAAAUGGCUUACUCCUUAUUCUUAAACUAUGGCCCCUGGUUCUGGACACCCGCAUUACUCAGCAUAUUUCUGAGUUACAUCUGCAGCCCCCAGCAGAUCGCAGGUUGAGAGCACUUUGGGGCACUGAGAUCGCGAAAGAUGCUACAAAAAGCGAAAGCACGCUCAGUUUUGCGUGUACUUAUUUCUGUAUUUGCCCCUACAGAUUUAUACAGCAUUCUAGACCGAGCCAGGCAGUGAGGGUUCAAGAUUUCAAGACCCUUCUUCAGACACGAAACGUCACCUAUUCCUUCUCUCCAGAGAUGCUGGCUGACUCACCAAGUUACUCCACCUUUUUGUGUCUAUCUUCGGUUUCAAUGGAAGAUAGACAUAAAAUGCUAGAGUAACCCAGCGGGACAGGCAGCAUCUCUGGAGAGAUGGAAUAGGUGACGUUUUGGGUCGAGACCCUUCUUCUGACCUUUACCAGCACCUGCAGUUCCUUCCUACACAGGCUACACGGUUUGCCCAUUUCUCCCCAACUUACCACAAGCAUAGAAACAUAGAAAAUAGGUGCAGGAGGAGACCAUUUGGCUCUUCGAGCCAGCACCGCCAUUCAUUGUGAUCAUGGCUGAUCGUCCCCAAAUAAUAACCCGUGCCUGCUUUCUCCUUCUUUUUCCUCGUGCUAAAUGUAUCACACUCUACCCCCACUGAGGAAAGGAUUAGAUCAUUUAAUCCAGAAAUGUGGCAGUUACCUUUCGGCCGUGGUGUGCCUGACUUGUGCAUGCUGACUGUUCUUGCAGGCAAGGGGAGGUUUGGUUUAACUGCUGAGGCUUUUCCAUCACCAAACACUUUAACCCCCUCCCCCGUCCCCUUCCCAUUCCCACACUGACCUUUCUGUCCUGGGCCUCCUCCAUUGUCAGAGUGAGGCCCAACGCAAAUUGGAGGAACACCACCUCAUAUUUCACUUGGGCAGCUUACACCCCAGCGGUAUGAAUAUUGAUUCCUUUAACUUCAAGUAACCCCUGCAUCCCCACUCUCUCCACCCCUCUCCCAACCAAAUCAUACCAGCUUCAAAGUCGUCUUGUUGAGUCUCAUUGUCUGUAACUCGUUUUCACCUAGAACACAGCUAACAAUGGCCUGUUUCCUUUAUCAUCAUUACAUUUUUGCAUCUUUCAUUCAUUUGUUCUAUAUCUCUCUAUAUCUCCAUCUAUAUCUCUAGUUUUCCUUUCCCCACGACUCUCAGUCUGAAGAAGGGUCUUGACCCGAAACGUCACCCGUUCCUUUUCACCCGAGAUGCUGCCUGUCCCGCUGAGUUACUCCAGCAUUUUGUGUCUAUCUUCAGUUCCUUCCUACACACCUCUUCCACCAGCCCGAGCCUUUGCUCCCAACACCAACUGCCUCCACCUACACCUGCCCGCUCAAGCCUCACAUUGCAGCCAGAUCUCCUGUCGCUGCCGCGCUCCCACAUAUGGUGGCAGAGUGGUGGAGCUACAGCCUUACAGCGCUGGAGACCCGGGUUCGAUCCCGACUACGGGUGCUGUUUGUACAGAGUUUGUACGUUCUCCCCGUGACCUGCGUGGGUUUUCUCUGAGAUCUUCGGUUUCCUCCCACACUCCAAAGAUGUACAGGAUUGUAGGUUAAUUGGCUUGGUGCAUGUGUAAAUUGUCCCUAGUGUGUGUAGGAUAGUGUCAGUGUGCGGGGAUCGCUGGUCAGAGCGGACUCGGUGGGCCGAAGUGCCUGUUUCCGCGCUGUAUCUCUACACGAAACUAAACUAAAUUUACAUUUAUCUGGGCCCUUUAAUACUGGGAAACAUCCGGAGGAGACUCACAGGUAUAAUUAAAGAUGGGCCUCCGGGAACAACAUCUGGAGGGGAAUAUUUGGCAACAUCCACUCUCUACUUGAAAUCCCUGGUACUGUCUUCUCUUCAGGCAUUGUCGGGUUGGACUGACUGCAGGCACUCCAUGAUCUUUUGACAAUCCAAUUGUGUAUUGAUAGGUAGAAACUGGGAAUUGCUGAUGCUGGUUGACAAAAAAGGACACAAAGUUCAGAAGAAGGAUCCUACCCGAAAUGUCACCUGUCCAUGUUCUCCAGUGAUGUUGCCUGACCCACAGGACAUGGAACUGUACAGCAACGGAAUGGGCUCUUCAGCCCACAAUGUUUGUGCCAAACAUGAUGCCUAGCUGAACGAUCUCAUCUGCGUGCAUUUGAUCCAUAUCCCUCUAUUCCCUGCAGUUCCAUGUGCUUAUCGAAAGGCCUCUUAAAUGCCACUAUCGCAUCUACCUCCGCCACCACCCCUGGCAAUGCGUAACAGGCCCCAGACUAAUCCUCCAUGUAAAAAACUUGCCCACACAUCUCCAUUAAACAUUACCCCUCUCACCUUAUAUCCAUGCCCUCUGAUAUUGGACAUUCCCGCCCUGGGGAAAAGGUUCUGCCUGUCUACCCUAUCUAUGUCUCACCAGUUUAUAUACCCACUGAGUCACUCCAGCACGAUGAUGUAUUUAUGGGCUAGGUCAAUCUACACAGGUCGGCCUGGGUUAUGAACAUCUGACAUGGGCACGUCUACAUGUUUGUGGGGUGUAUCGGAUUAUGAGAGGAAUAGAGAGAGUAACUGUGAGAGUAUUUAACCCAGAGUAGGGGAAUCAAGAACCAGAGGACAUAGGUUUAAGGUGAGGGGGAAAAUAUUUAAUAGGAACAUGAAGGGAAGUUUUUUUACACAAAGGAUGGUGGGGAGAUGAAACAAGCUGCAGAGGAGGAAGUUGAGGCAUGAACAAAUGCAAUGUUUAAAAAACAAUUAGACAGGUACAUGGAUAGGACAGGUUUAAAGGGAUAUGGGGCAAACACAGUGUAGAUGGGGCAUGUUGGUCAGCAUAGGCAAGUUGGGCCGAAGGGCCUGUUUUCAUGCUGCAGGACUCUAUAUGAGCAGGCUCCCAAAAUAUAGUUCAAUUGAAAAGUGGGACAUACAGCACAUAUAGAAGUCCGUUCUCUCUGCAUUUUGGGUCAUUGUUAUUGCUGAUCUGUCUUAUGUGCUUUUGAUGUCAUUCACUACAAUGUGUCAUCACCACAACAAGUUAUUGUUCCGACUUAUGGACAAAAUGUACAUCUGUAAAACUGGAAACCCACCUUACCUAGGGAAGGCCUGUAUGUAAGUCCAAAACUUGUCCCUGUUAAUAAACGCUGUCAGGUUC